AUAAGGAUUACAUGGAGGAAUUGGAACAUACUAAUUAUGACCGAUCUCGUCUCAUUAAUGACUUCGUGGUCAAAAAUAAACCUGAACCCAAAACAAAAUCGACUAAGAAUGACAUGAAUUACAUAGCAUCCAGUGGACUUCUAUUCAAAGAUGGCAAAAAGAGAAUUGAUUAUAUCCUGGUUUAUCGAAAGACAAAUAUACAAUAUGACAAAAGAAACACAUUUGAAAAGAACCUCAGAGCAGAAGGCCUAAUGUUGGAGAAGGAGCCAGCUAUUGCAAACCCUGAUAUCAUGUUUAUUAAAGUUCACAUUCCAUGGGACACACUGUGCAAGUACGCAGAAAGACUGAAUAUCAGGAUGCCCUUCAGGAAAAAAUGCUAUUACACUGACCGGAGGAACAAAUCAAUGGGCAGGAUGCAAAGCUAUUUUCGAAGAAUCAAAAAAUGGAUGUCCCAAAACCCAAUGGUUCUCGACAAGUCAGCUUUUCCAGACCUAGAGGAGUCAGACUGCUACACGGGCCCCUUCAGCCGGGCACGGAUUCACCACUUCAUAAUAAACAACAAGGACACCUUCUUCAGCAAUGCGACCCGAAGCAGGAUAGUCUAUCAUAUGCUGGAGCGCACCAAAUAUGAAAAUGGGAUAUCAAAAGUGGGUAUCCAAAAACUUAUCAACAAUGGCUCCUAUAUAGCAGCAUUUCCCCCUCAUGAGGGAGCCUACAAAAGUAGCCACCCCAUCAAAACCCAUGGGCCUCAGAAUAACAGGCACCUGCUGUACGAGCGCUGGGCACGCUGGGGCAUGUGGUAUAAGCAUCAGCCCCUGGAUUUAAUCAGGCUGUACUUCGGAGAGAAGAUUGGACUGUACUUUGCAUGGCUGGGAUGGUACACGGGAAUGCUGAUUCCAGCUGCGGUCGUUGGCUUGUGUGUUUUCUUCUAUGGGCUACUUACGAUGAAUACAAGUCAAGUAAGCCAAGAAAUCUGUCAAGCCACAGAAGUCUUUAUGUGCCCUCUCUGCGACAAGAACUGCUCACUGCAGAGACUCAACGACAGCUGCAUCUAUGCCAAGGUGACAUAUUUGUUUGAUAACGGAGGAACAGUCUUCUUUGCUAUUUUUAUGGCAAUAUGGGCUACAGUCUUCCUGGAGUUUUGGAAAAGGAGAAGAAGUAUCUUGACCUACACUUGGGACCUUAUUGAAUGGGAAGAAGAGGAGGAAACACUCCGUCCCCAGUUCGAAGCCAAGUACUAUAAGAUGGAGAUAGUAAAUCCCAUCACAGGAAAACCUGAGCCACACCAGCCUUCUUCAGACAAAAUUACCCGUCUACUCGUCUCGGUCUCAGGGAUCUUCUUCAUGAUCUCCUUGGUGAUCACUGCCGUGUUUGCCGUGGUGGUGUACCGUCUGGUUGUCAUGGAACAGUUCGCAUCCUUCAAGUGGAAUUUCAUCAAGCAGCACUGGCAGUUUGCAACGUCGGCUGCUGCUGUCUGCAUCAAUUUCAUAAUCAUUAUGUUGCUGAAUCUUGCUUAUGAAAAAAUUGCUUACCUUCUCACUAAUUUAGAAUAUCCUCGAACAGAAUCUGAAUGGGAAAACAGCUUUGCCUUGAAGAUGUUCCUCUUCCAGUUUGUCAAUUUAAACAGUUCUAUCUUCUAUAUUGCUUUCUUUUUGGGAAGAUUCGUAGGUCACCCAGGAAAGUACAAUAAACUUUUUGAUCGGUGGAGACUGGAGGAAUGUCAUCCUAGUGGCUGUUUGAUAGACCUCUGUCUCCAGAUGGGUGUUAUCAUGUUUUUGAAGCAAAUAUGGAACAACUUCAUGGAACUGGGAUAUCCGUUGAUCCAGAACUGGUGGUCACGACAUAAAAUCAAGCGAGGAAUCCAGGACGCUUCCAUCCCGCAGUGGGAGAACGACUGGAACCUGCAGCCCAUGAACAUUCACGGGCUGAUGGACGAGUACUUAGAAAUGGUUUUGCAGUUUGGUUUUACCACCAUCUUUGUUGCGGCCUUUCCUCUGGCCCCACUUUUGGCUUUGUUAAACAAUAUCAUUGAAAUCCGGCUGGAUGCAUACAAAUUCGUCACACAGUGGCGGAGACCUCUGCCAGCUCGAGCAACUGACAUAGGUAUAUGGCUUGGAAUUCUGGAAGGGAUUGGAAUAUUGGCUGUGAUCACCAAUGCCUUUGUCACCGCCAUCACUUCUGAUUAUAUCCCUCGGUUUGUCUACGAGUACAAAUAUGGCCCCUGUGCAAAUCACGUGAAAGCAAAUGAAAAUUGUUUGAAGGGGUACGUCAACAACAGCCUGUCCUUCUUCAACCUGAGUGAGCUUGGAAUGGGAAAAUCUGGUUACUGCAGGUACCGAGACUACAGAGGGCCCCCUUGGAGUUCCAAACCCUAUGAGUUCACCUUACAAUAUUGGCAUAUCCUCGCUGCUCGCCUGGCCUUCAUUAUCGUGUUUGAGCACCUCGUUUUUGGGAUUAAGUCAUUCAUCGCGUACCUGAUUCCAGAUGUACCAAAAGGCCUGUAUGAUCGAAUACGACGGGAGAAGUACUUGGUCCAAGAAAUGAUGUACGAGGCCGAACUUGAACAUUUGCAACAACAGCGGAGAAAAAGUGGACAGCCUGUUCACCACGAAUGGCCGUAGCUGAUGCUGCCCAGUAGGGUGGUGCCUUUAGUGGGAAGGAGUGAUGGCCACUGCGAAUUCUAGGCGAGAUCUAGGAGGAAAGCUUUCCUGGCUAACCAAAUGUAUAAUACGCUACUCGGAGAUGUGACAGCCGUCACUGGGCUAUGGAAUGUCCAGGCUUCUAGGGAACAAAAAGGUGACCCGUGACCUUAAAAAGGAGCUCAACUGUCAUGGCAGGAAGCCAGGAUCUAAUUCUCAGAACCAGCCUCAGGGAGUUGUGUAUCGAGACCCCCCCCCACCUUCCAUCAGCUGCAGUGUAGAGGAAGACUGAUGGUGUGGUUUCUAAGACAGUUCAGAAACCAGGCAUGACUUAAAGUAUCAUGUGGUCUUCACUCACAUACUAAUCUGUCUUUGGAACCGUUGGUUGAGUUGAGGUAGAAAAAGUGACGUAAUUCUAUUAUUGCCUUGACUUCCAGAGCUCCAGGUCCCUUCAGCUUCCGGGGUGAUAGGAAUUCCCCUUGUCUCUUGCCGAGAUUGUGGAUCUGUGCCACAAGGAGUUUAUGCUGCUUUACACUGACUAUGCAGUUGAAGAGUUGCACAUUACCUUUGUAGUCAAACCAAAAAACCUAAGAUUCCGAAAGAAUACCAUUCAUUGAAAUACUAUUCUACUGCAUCGGCUACAUUCGAGUCUGUUUCAUCCCGGGCAGAGCCAGGGGCACUGCUCUUUCUUUGUACUAAGUACCAAUAGAGCCACAUAUUUAUACAAUAGGAAUGGUUAUUCUUCUAUCAUUUAGAACACGACUUAUCCAUACUUCACUGCAGAAGCCUGUUUUAUAGUUUAUUUACUUUUCCCCUGUUUGACUUAUUAUAACCCUCACAGAAUGUUACCUUGAAAUGCUGUAAAUACGUUGGUUUUCCAUGUACUUUUGCACUUCAACAAUAUGUAACGUGCAUUACAAUUUAUUGCAGCUCUGAAGCCAGUUACACAGUAUGCUAUUGUCGUAUGUUUAUUCAGGAAAACUAAAGCCAGAUGCUCUGCAACACCUGAUGCUUCUUCAACAAUGUGCACUCCUAUUUGUGAGCUGCUGAAAAUACUGCAUGAAUAUAAAUCUAUUGUUUGUAAAAAAAAAAAAAAGCACUUUUGAAUUUUACUUUUUUUCAUCACUAAAGGGAGUUUUCUGUUUUUAUUUCUUCGAUUGAUUGAUUUGUUUACUUUUGAAAACUCUCUGGAAACAAAGUCGAAUUAAUUUGUGAGAGACAUAAUUUGGCUUUGGUGGAAUUCCUAUUCCAGUAUUAACUCUGUAUCAAGGAGUAGGUUUGUUCACAGUCUGCAAUAGCAGGAUGGAAGAGACAUUCACCUGAAGAAAGUCCAGAGGAGGCACAAAUUGUGAGGUGAGAUACCAAGAAAGAAGAGUGGAAAUAGGGGAUCUCAUGGUAGAAAUAAGACAGCCUUCCUUGUAAAAUACAGACAUCCCAGUUUUCUUCCCCUUGAAGUAUGGAAUCACUGAUAUGCAUGCAUACAUAUGUAACAUUAUUAUUAUUGUCCAUUUUUUGUAUAAUUUGGAAAAUCACAGUUAUUUCCGAAAUUUAAAGGACUAAUAUUUUUUGCUAUAGGGCAUGUGCACUCACCAGAGAGAUACAGAGAAAGUGAGAAAUUACUCCCC